AUGUCUGCUCCAGCCUUCAAUCUCACUCCGCUGGACCACCAGCUCCUGGCUAUGACCGAUGAGGAGUUUGUUUACCACGACUGGACCGAAUUAAAGGACAUCAUCGCACGGAAUGAUCUCGGCGCCCUCAAGCGGAAGCCCUCCGAUCUACGCCGAUACCUGGCCUGGUCAGCGGAGACCAAAUCCCAGUAUGGCUCCAUCAUGAACUACAUCUGUCAGCGCCGGUUACAGUGGCCUGCACCGGGUUCUGUGAGCGGCACUGAUUCGGCUAUCCAGCAGCCGCCCGUGGUGAAAAACCCGCUCCCCUUUGCCGAUCCCGAGGACUACAAGAUCCUCCGCAAUGACUGGCCCUAUGGGCUCACGCCGGGGAUCUCUCAUCUGGUGGUGUGGCUGCGGACCCCCAUCCCCGUGCAAUCCGGGGAAGGGCAUCUAACCGAAGAGUCGCGUGCUUUGAUCAACGCCUUCGUGCAGAGGACCUUCGUGGACCGAUUGGCUCAGGAUCCCGCCUUUGCGGAUCCCGCUUCACAUGUGCUGUGGUUCAAGAAUUGGGUCGGCCUGCAGAGUGUUCGGGCCCUGGAACAUGUGCAUAUCUUGGUCCGUGAUGUUCCCGAGGAACUCCUAGUUGAAUGGUCCGGCGAAUAA